GUGUGUACGUGUGUACAGCGAGUGGUGGCGGUGGUGGCUGACUGUGUUCCACAGUGGUAACUAGUGUAUUGAGAAAUUUUUUUAAACAAAGUAGAUAUUAAUAUGUCCUCGCCUACGAAGAAGUUGAAGAAGGUGGAGGACAGUGCGGGAGAUGGAAAUGAUACGCGUGAUUAUGACGUUGAAAUACAGAAGACUCUUGAGGAAAUUGACGGUUGUCAGAAUCAAAUCGAUGGACUGAAUGAGAAGGCCAGCGAUGAGAUACUCGAGGUGGAGAAAAAAUACAACAAGCUACGAAAACCGUAUUUCCAGAAGCGGAAUGAUAUCAUCAAGAGGAUACCCAAUUUUUGGUUAACAGCUUUUGUUAAUAAUAAGAAAAUAGCUGAGAUACUGGAGGAGGACGAGGAGGAUGCACUUCGGUAUCUCAAUAAACUCGAGGUCGAGGAGUUUGAGGACAUCAAGUCUGGGUACAGAAUCAAUUUCUACUUCGAUGAGAAUCCGUAUUUCGAGAAUGAGGUGCUCACUAAAGAAUUCCAUUUGGGAUCAUCUGGUGAGUGGGGAUUAGGGGAUCCAGCUUCUCAGAGUACACCAAUACGCUGGAAGGAUGGAGCUGAUUUAACCAAGAGAGCAAAGGGAAAAGCCCAACUUAAAGAACGCAAAAGGCCGCUUGGUCACAGGUCAUUUUUUGAUUGGUUCACGGAUCAUGGCGAUCCAAGUUCUGAUGAUAUUGCGGAGUUAAUUAAGGAUGACAUGUGGCCAAAUCCACUGCAGUAUUACCUGGCACCUGAUAUGGACGUGGAAAAUGGUAUCGAGGGCGAAGGAGAGGAGGUGGACGGUGACAGUGAGGAAGAAGAAGAAGACGAGGAAGAUGUUGCUGGAGAAGAGGGAGACGACGUUGGUGAGGGUGAGGAGGCAGACGACAGCAUAGUGGUGGUAGAGGAUGACGGCGACAUGGAGGACGAGGAUGAAGGGGGUAAUGACGAGGAUGAUUUGCUCGGUGAUGACGAAGGCGAUCAAGAGGCAGAUGGCGAAGAACCUGAAUAAAGUCUCUGAACGCUGACAGAUAUCAUCUGUCACGAAUCGACUGUUGGUUGAUUCAGUUAAUUCUCAAUAGCAGAGCAAUUCUCCACCGCAUGAAGAACAGAGAAAAUCAGCACAAGAUUUUUUUACAAAAAAAGAAAAACGAAAAAAUAAACAAACAAACAAAUUACUUUGAGUUUUGGCGGAGGUCAGUGAGUGAGACCUGAGAGUCUUUGCCUGGAACUUGUUACAUGAUAAUUAUAUUGAUAAAUAGCAUAGAAUACAAUUAAGCGAAAAGGCACUGGGCAGGGAUUCUCUGUCAGUACUCUCAAUCCUCUCGGAAUCAUCUAUUCGAAAGAAAAAAAAACUAAGUACGCAAUCAUAAAAGCAAAAGACGAACGAGGCGCAUGAAUGCGAUUCAAUCAGUUACAAUUUUGGUAACAAUUUUCUUUCCAUAUCUCAUUGUUUUGAUUUUAGAAAAAAAAAAUUUAUUCUUGAAGAGACCACUUUGACGAUAUUGUAUAUACGUGAUAAGUCGGAGUUUAAUUUUCCUGAAUUAUUGUCAUUUGAUUAUUCUUUUAGAAGAUAACGUUCUUAACGCCUCGGGUUUCUCUUCCAGUUUACUAUUUUUUAUUCCUUUUCAGAGAUACAUAUUGACUUGGUCUCAUAACACAAACACACACCACUUAACCAGAUAAUUUCAUCAUUAUCAAGUAAUUUUUUUGUUAUUGUAUAUUUAUCAAAUUAUCAAUUCAUGAGGAAAUAUUUCAGUAAUUUUUAAGUUAUAUGUUUGUGAGUAAAGGUUACUUUAUUUUCACAGGCGCCAAUUGCUCCUGCAAUAGAUUUUAGCUAUCGAGUCAUUGGCAUUAGUUCCCGUAUCGUGGAUUUUUUAAUUCAUUUUCUUAGUGACAUUUAAAAGGUGAUAAGGAAUAUAAGUUUUUAUAAAACUGCAGUCAAGGGAUGCAUAAUAUGUGUAAUUCAGACAACUCAAAUUUUUAUUUGAAUCCAUCGAAUCUAAAUGUCCGAUAAUCUCUCGAUGAAAUUUCAUUCGGACUUACCUCGAUCAUUAUUUUAACUUUCCAGGAAUAUAUAUGUGGCCAUUUUCUGUUGGGCAAAAUAAAAUUAUAUACUCUGAUUGGUCCUGAGAAAUCAAUAUUUACAGUAAAAAAUCAGUAGAGAAUCAUUAAUAGAAAAUAUUCGUUUGGACCUCACGUUAUCUUUCGUAAUUGUUCGAAAUGAUUCUUCUCGUCCCAAUACUUGCCAUUUAUUUUUUUAAAUCCCGAAAGGUUGAAAUAUGUCAAUUUCUUUCAUGUAAAAAUUCAUAGAUUCAUAUUUAUACACAAAUUCUGUGAAUAAAAUACUUUGAGUACUAUAA